UGCUCAACAUCUCCUCUGUCAAUACAAUGGGGAAGGUGAGCAGCAGCCCAGAUGGUUGUGAUUGAAGGAGUUUGAACCAUAGACUGUAUAAAAUAGGGUUGAACUCGACAACGUCGGAGGUCUACCUAACUAGAGAGCGCCCGGCGGUUUGAAGCGAUUACCUGUGUCUUUAGGAUGGAGAGCGGGGAUGACAGUGGCCUCCGGUCUCGCUGCCAAGCCAUUCCUAAAAUGCCCACCUUCCCUGACUUGGAUAACUCUUUGGAUGAGGAGUGUAAUCAACAGCAACACCAGCAAGGCAAUGGAGGCAACCACGUUUCCAGCAAUGGAAAAAUUGAAGUGGAACAUGUGAUCAGCAAAAAGCUACAACUGAAAAGGAAAGCAGAGUACCUGAAGAGUGACCUGAUGCAUCAGUUUGACAGUCAGGUUAAUGACUUCAUGGACAGUCUCAUCGAGGAGUCGGCCAGCCUGGAGUCUGCACCUGUCCCUGCUGUCUUCUCGCCUCUGCUGUCAGACAAGGAGAGAAGUAAACUUGGGUCUUUCCGGCCUCCUCAUAGCCAGGGCAAACUGUUUGUCAGUCGCAGAUCCCUCUUAGAUGAGCUGUUUGAGGUGAACCACAUCAGGACUAUCUACCACAUGUUUAUUGCCCUGCUCAUUCUCUUUAUCCUCAGUACACUGGUGGUAGAUGUCAUUGAUGAAGGCAGACUGGUGCUGCACUUUGACCUGCUGGUCUAUGCGUUUGGACAGUUCCCUCUGGUGGUGUGUACAUGGAUCUGCAUGUUCCUGUCUGUGUUGCUGGUUCCCUACACCCUGUUCCAUUUGUGGUCACAGACCCAGUCUGGGUCUUGGAGUCACCCUAGGUUGUGCAGUUUGCUGUUUGGCUCUGCAUUCCUGCUCUACCAAGCUCUGGGUGUGGGAUUCCUGCCUACAUAUGUGGUGGUGACCAACAGUUUUCCACCUGCAUCCUGUUUCAUCAUCAUCUUGGAACAGGUGCGUCUGAUUAUGAAAGCCCACUCCUUUGUCAGGGAGAAUGUACCAAGAGUCCUAACCUGGGCUAAAGAAAAGACCAGUCCCCGCCCAUUGGUCCCUCAGGUCUCUCAGUAUAUCUACUUUCUGUUUGCACCAACACUCAUCUACAGAGACAAGUACCCCAGGAACCCAGUGAUCAGAUGGGGCUAUGUGGCCACAAAGUUACUUCAGGUACUAGGCUGUCUGUUUUAUGCCUAUUACGUGUUUGUGCGGCUGUGCAUCCCUCAGUUCCGCAGCAUCAGUCUGCAGCUGUUUGACCUGAGGGCCAUGGUCCUCUGCAUCUUUAACUCCAUCUUGCCAGGAGUGUUGAUCCUCUUCCUGGGAUUCUUUGCCUUCCUCCACUGUUGGCUAAAUGCUUUUGCUGAGAUGCUCCGCUUUGCUGACAGGAUGUUUUACAAGGAUUGGUGGAACUCAACCUCUUUUGCUAAUUACUAUCGCACUUGGAACGUAGUGGUCCAUGACUGGCUGUACUACUAUGUGUACCGAGAUCUCCUGUUGAUGUCUCAGAGGCGUUUCAGACCAGUAGCCAUGCUGUUUGUGUUUACAGUGUCUGCAGUGGUCCAUGAGUACAUUCUUGCAAUCUGUUUUGGUUUCUUCUAUCCCGUGCUCUUCUGCCUCUUUAUGUGCUUUGGAAUGAUGUUCAAUUUCAUUCUGCAUGACCAAAGGAAAGGUCCCAUCUGGAACAUAAUCAUGUGGACAUCCCUCUUCCUGGGUCAGGGAGUCAUUAUCUGUCUGUACUCCCAGGAGUGGUAUGCCCAGUGCUACUGCCCCCUGAAGGAGCCUUCAUUCCUUGAGUUACUGAAGCCUCGGUCCUGGAGCUGUCAGAGAGGCCUGAUGGCAGACUCUGAUAGGCUGUGAUCUACGUUUGGACUACUGCAGAGGAUCAAUAUAAAUUUGACCAGCCUUUCUUUUACUGUCAUAACUUCUGGUCUUUCAGUUUGUUUUAUAUUAUUGCACUAAGGUCAUGACUGAGUCUGUGUAUGAAUGUAUGGAAGAGAUCCAAUUAUUAUCUGCCAAAAUGUUCUUUACUUUAACAGCAACGUCACAGUGAUGCCUUACUUAACCGUUUAAAAGACAGACCCAACAAAAUUACAAGUUCACAUAAAAUCACAAGUGAACUCUUUUAUUUUUUUUUACUUAUUACUUUUGCCUUGAUCAACUGUGAAACCACUCCCUGUGCCAAUAUGAUAGUGGUAAACAUUAAAUAUGGCAGUGGAAUACAUCACAUAUCACGUUUGCAAUUACUACUCUAUUAUAGAUAACAUUUAAUAUGUUUGGAAAGCCUUUCAAUGUGAUUUAUUUUCACUGCCAAUAAGAUUUAUUUUGAAAAAUGGUGUGUUGUUUUGUAUAAAUCUAAGAGGAGCUGUGUCCGCUGUAUUAUAGUUCCAAGAUUGCAGUCAAUUCCUCUAAAGAGGAAAAUGGGGGUUUGGCAUGCUGAUAUAGUUUGGAAAUAAUUUUAUAAUAAAUCUGAAACUAUAAAAAUAAAACCAUUACAGUAAACUCCAGAAAACAAAACGUUAAA